AUUGCAUGUUACUGCACGUUUGAAAACGAGGUCGUAGGUCCCAUCAUGGCGACCGGGGCAGCCGGGCACAAACAGGACUUACCACCAAAAGGUGGUUAUGGGCCGAUUGAAUACGCUCGCAGACUACCAAGGAGAGGACCAUCAGGUUAUGCCUUGUUUGCCCUUGGUAUUGGAGUGGCCAUAUAUGGAUAUGCAAAACUCUUCGCUACGAAUAGAAGGAGAAGGGAAGACUGGGCUGAGGAGAUAGAAGUCCAAGUCAGCUUACUACCUCUUCACAAGGCAGAACAAGACAGACUCAUUUUGCGGCAGUAUCGAGCCAACCUGGAGGAAGAGGCCAAGAUCAUGGAGGGGGUGGAAGGAUGGGUCGUCGGCGAGAGUGUCUACCAGAAUGAGAAGUGGCACACCCCGCCACCUGUCGAAAUCCUUAACCUACGACCUCAUGAAGAUAUGGUUCGCAAAGUGUAUGGCUACAACUACAAUAUCUGAUCACUCUUAGACAACCUGUCUGUUUCUUUAGCACUCUCUAAUGUGCUUCAUAAAAUUGCACUCCAUCUGAGAUUCUCUAGUCAAAAAUGCUACCUUACAGCAUGUCUUAAACUAAAGAGGAAAGAACUGUUCUGUGUGUGUUCGUUGGAGCUGGAGGUAACCAUCAAAUUGUAGUAUUACUGACAGAAAUUAAAAGGUCAGACACCA